GUCCUUUGGGAUGGCGGCAGUCGCCGCAGGAGGUAACCCGCGAUGCGUACCCUAGCGAUCAAGGGAGUGAGCAAGAAGAAUGGUCCAAGAUAAGAGCUCAGAUUCUGUUCACAGACAAGCUGAAAGAAACAAGUUUGAAGCACUUGCCAUGAUCUCUCAAGAACUUGUCUGUUUGUAGACUGAAACCUGUCGUGUCUGAUGCCGCUGAUUCCUUGCCAUGAGUCUGUAGUCGUCUUACCCCCACUAAGACGUUUGUUGUAGGAACUUCGUUUCCGUACUUCUACACGCCAGCAGGUGGAACUCCCAGCUCGAUCAUGUCCCAGGCUAGCUCUUGCUGUGGAGGAGGCAAAUUCUACUCUGCUCCCGCCAGCUCAGGAGGAUCUAUUAUGCCGACAGGCAGCGCCAACUCGUGGGCUUAUCCGUUCGUUGACAGCAAUAUGCCACCAUACAUCACGGCAACAACUGGAUGUCCUUAUCAGAUAUUCCCCUCUUCAGGUUCGGCAGGAUACCAGGAUGCUGGUGGAUUCAGCGCAGCGGAUUUGGCAGGAUUUUAUUGAAGUGGCAAGCGGCUUGUAUUGUACAUGUAAACAGAUCCAAAACUU